GAAAGAUAGAAAAUGAAUCUUAACAUUUACAUCCAGAAAAAGAAAAAGAUUAAAUGAAUCCUUUGUUUAAUAAAGGAGGCCACGUGUGAAGAAAAAUGCACCAAUAGCAAGAUAGAAGUUAAGUUCCCCUCUCUCCUUCAAAUCUAUCUCUCGCCGACGACUCAGGAACAACGACCAAUUGAGACAUCGUUGAUCCUUAACCCCAUUUUCACCAGAAGUUAAAAUAAAAAAAAAAGGUCUCCCCCUUUCGUCUCCCCCGAUCUCGGAUCAUAUCGAAUCGCGAUUUUAUAGAGAGAGAGAGAGAGAGUUUACAUCAGAUAUCGGCGAAAUGGAUAGCAGUUACUCUGCCAUCUCCAAAAACUCCUACGUCGAGUUACAGAAACAGAACAAGUUCCUUCCUCUCGACGACGAAGAAAAAAGCUUCGUCAACAACGGCCAUGCUCUCGAUUCCGGAUCUAACCAAGGAUCCGGGAUCUCCGGCGCCGUUUUCAACCUCACAACAUCAAUAAUCGGCGCCGGGAUCAUGGCAUUGCCGGCGACAAUGAAAGUCCUCGGCUUGGUCCUAGGCCUCCUCCUCAUCCUCCUCAUCGCGAUCCUCUCCGAGAUCAGCGUCGAGCUCCUCGUCAGAUUCUCCGCUCUCCACAACUCCAGAUCCUACGGCGAGGUCGUGCAGUCCGCGCUCGGGAAGCCCGCUAGGGUUCUCUCCGAGAUCUGCAUCGUCGUCAACAACGGCGGCUUCCUCGUCGUCUACCUCAUCAUCAUGGGUGACGUCAUGUCCGGUUCGCUCCACCACGUCGGGGUUUUGGAUCAGUGGCUAGGCAACGGGUUCUGGGACCACCGUAAAGUUUUGAUUUUGAUCGUCGUGGUCGUCUUUUUGGCUCCUCUCUGUGCUUUGAACAAGAUCGAUUCCUUGAGCGUCACGUCAGCUGCUUCCGUGGCUCUUGCUGUUGUGUUUGUCGUUGUUUGCUUUGUUGUCGCGGCGGUCAAGCUUGUUGAAGGCACGGUUGACGAUGCUCCGAGGAUGAGUCCUGAUUUUGGUUCUAAAGAAGCGGUUUUGGAUCUUCUCGUGGUGAUACCGAUAAUGACGAACGCUUACGUUUGUCAUUUCAAUGUCCAGCCGAUCUAUAACGAGCUCGAAGGUCGGACGCCUGCUAAGAUGAACCGUGUUGGGAGGAUCACGACGGCUGUUUGCGUUGUUGUCUAUGCUUCCACUGCUGUCUCUGGUUAUCUUCUCUUCGGUAAGGAUACUGAGUCGGAUAUUUUGACCAACUUUGACCGAGAUCUAGGCAUCCGGUUCAGCUCCGCGGUGAACUACGUUGUCAGAGUGGGGUACGUUCUUCAUUUAGUUCUCGUCUUCCCUGUGAUCCAUUUCUCGUUGCGAGAAACGGUGGAUACCUUGUUGUUUGAAGGCUCGCCUCCUCUGUGCGAAAGCAAGAAGAGAUCUUUGGGGCUCACGGUGGUCUUGCUGGCUCUUAUUUACAUUGGCUCGACGAUGAUUCCGAAUAUAUGGACUGCGUUCAAGUUCACAGGGGCAACGUCGGCGGUUUCGCUUGGUUUUACGUUCCCUGCUCUUAUAGCGUUGAGGUUAGGGAAGCGGAGCAAUUCGUUAAGCGCGGCGGAGAGAUCUGUUUCGUGGUUGAUGCUGAUCUUGGCGGUGGUGGUUAGUGUCGUGGGAACGCUUGGCAACGUUUAUAGUCUCAGAAGCAAAUCAGAUUGAUGCUUUUGUUUAGCGGGUUUCAAGAUCUUGUUAGAUUUAUACAAAUCAGAGAUUCUUAGUCCAGUACCGAACCGGAAGUCUUCGGUUUUGUGACUGCUGCAUGCACGUUUAGGGUCCAUAGAUUUCAUCGUACCGAUGCUGUAUACAGACCACGAUUCUUAUUGAUAUAUAUAUAUACGCAAUUUUGCUGUUUUUAUUAA